AUGGUGCUCCUGACCUUGACUGCUACGGCAGCAGGGACUGCCGGCGCCGGUGUCACAUGGAGCACGUACGGAAAAAGAAAGAUGAAAAGUCUUGCCGAAAGCCUCAUCAGCAAGGCCCUGGCUGGCAGCCCGUGCAAGUUGGGCUCUGUCGAUUUCAGCCUGUCCGGCGGCGAGAUGCAGAUCGGAGUGUCAGGUGUGGACAUCGGAAACUUGCCUCCCUACAAGAGUGAGUCGCUUCUGACGAUCUCCUCCGUGUAUGUGGCAGUGAAUCUGAAGUCCCUGGUUGCAUCAGGCUGCCAGCAAGUUACCGUUGAAGAGCUCAUUGUAGACGGUCUUCAGCUGACCUGGGAGAAGAUCCACGUAAGAUCCAGCAACGUGAAGGAUCUGCUACACAAGAUGAACCACAAAGAGUCGAUAGACGCGGCGGAGCCCGAGAACGAGCAGGAUGAGCAGGGGACUGGCCUGGUGCCCCAAGUCACGGAUGCCGUGAGCACCGUGGCCGGCGAAAUCAGCCAUACGGCCAGCGGGCUCAAAGAGCUGGGCCAGACAGCUGCAGCGCAGGUGGCAGCCAUCGCGCAGCCUCCCCAAGAGAAGGAGCGCAAGGAAGCUAAGGUGUGCAUCAAAACGGUACACAUCAAGAGCAUCGAGGUGCUCUCCGUGAACGCGCUGACGGAGGGCCCCCUUUCAUUCAAGGCCCCGCCCAUCCGAAUCGAGAGUUUCUCCGAGUCCCACGGCACCCAGAAGGCAGCUGAGAUGAUCCAGCUGCUGCUCAAAGAGAUCCUGGGCUCCGCAAGGGAGGUGGUGAAAGAUCGGGCCAAAGACGAGGUACGCUCAGUGGUAUCCUCGUUUGUCUGUGACGCGGCGAGCACCGUCGCCAAGGCUGCCGCGUCAGUCGGGGCUGCAUUUUGCCCUGCGGUGGCGUGUGUCGUGGAUUCCGUUUGCGUUUUCUGGAAUUUUCUCUCCGAGCCAGCGCUCCCUUCCAAGUAG